GGUUUGGAAUAAUAAUUGAUGUUUUUCUAUAACAUAAAACUUUUGCAAUUACUAAGGCUCUGUGAAUUGAAUGAUUAUUUCAUUGAGGAAAACAUUUCAAUAAAAGAACUGUGAAUGGAUUCGCUAAAGCUGCAGGGCUCAAGAAGUGCUUAAAGAUUCAAAAUUAGUGGUUGCAAUUUUAUCAACAGAGGAGAUUGGAUGGAUAGUAAAGUUUCAUUCUGUGAAGUGAUCCCUCAUAAGAGCUUUACCAACAGCAGCAACAACAACAACAACAACACACAUAAAUAUGGGAGCAGCAUGCACCGAAAUAGAGGAUAGAGUAGUAAAUAUUUGGUUGUAUUUGUGAAAAUAUGUUUUGAUCAAAGUGAAAAGUAUGGUAGUGUACGUGCCAUAUGUUCCAUUCUGUGUUUAUCGUAAAAAAUGAAAAUGGAAAAAUAGUCUUUGAAAAUUAUUCCUGCAAAAUAAUGGAAAUAUGUGCGUGAAAAAAAUGACAUAGGUCAUUGUAUCCUAAAUCAAUUUACAGUGUAAAUAUUCCGUUGAAUGUCGUAUUAGCCAAUGGAGAAGCAAAACAGUAGAGUCGAUGGGAAGGUGAUAAUUUGUUCACCUUUGGUUAUCUUAUUUCUACUGUUCAAGAAGCUGUCUGAAAUGAAAAUUUCGCAUUUGGGAGAGAGCAGUGUUGACGUGAUUGGGUUGUAUUUGAAUUGUGUGAUGGUGUAAGAAAAAAUAUUGGAAAGAUAGUGAACCUAACCCAAUGAUGGUGAUUUAAAAAGGCAAGCAAAUGAUAAAGUGAAUGAUAUUGUGAAUGUUUCGAUUAACAUGAUUACAACAUGAAUGCUUUCGAUAAAAUUGAAAAGAAGUCUUUGGUCAAGUGGUAGUGAAUCGAAUCGUCAUAUUUUCUCGUAGAAGAGCAUUCAAAAUAAAUGUUGGAAAAAUACUGCAGAAGAGAACGCAGACGGGGAAUUGGUGUUCCUCUUUGCUUGAAAUAUUAACCAUUUUGGAUUAAAAUAGGAUUACGAUUGUUGCACAUACACAGAAUCAGGAUAAUAAAAUUUAACACAAGUGUUUGCUUCUACACAAAUUGCUUAAAAUGGUCUUUUUGGCCCAAGGGCCGGGGCCCUUCGUCUCCCGCCGUGUCGUUUGUGACUACAGCCGAAACAACGUAGAAUUUGUACAGCACACAAAUUUCGUUCUAUCCAACGUUCGCAACAAACAUCAACCAGCAGCAAGAACUGUCCCCGAAAACUUGUUAGUGCGCUUUGAUUUUUCUUCGUCAUUGUUUCUAAACUUUAGCGAAGAAAAACUACCGUCACUCGAGGGCCCGCCAGCAGCGGAGGCCCUUCUCGCUUUUUCUGCAUGGAUUCAAUGAAACGUAGCGAGGCGAGUAACAGCCACCACCAAAAUAAGGUGGUUUUAACGAACCAAGGAACAGACAGCAAUAACAAAGUAAAUCAUAGUGGUAGUAAUUUGAACAAUAAUACUGUAAGCAACAAGCAGCUACACCAAUCGGCUCCAUUGAAUCCAAAUCAAGCGUCCACGCUGCCAAACACAUCGACGACGACGCCAACAGCCAGUGAUAUCAACAAGGAUUCUAAUUUUGAAUACGACGAUAACGAGUGGGACGUUGGUAUAGGCGAUCUUAUAAUUGACCUUGACGCUGACAUUGAAAAAUCAUCGGUUAGCAACCAACAACAGGUCCAGCCAGGAACUGCACUGAUAAGCGAAACUAUUUCACCAACGCCGGAUACAACCCUUCCAUCAGUAGCUGUAGAUGAUACAAACGUGCUUGGUACGACGGGAUUGAAAAAAACACAACCAACAACAACGGCUCCGGCCUCAUUGUCUAGAGUUGGUUCUGACAAAGCAAAUCUUCCAACAGGUAGUGUGAAAGACUUGAACUCGGCAACUACGUCUGUGAAAGGAGGAAUCACGUCUUCAACACCAUCCAAACAUCAUUCCUCCUCUUCCUCUUCCUCAUCCUUACCGUCUUUGUCAGGACAUCACCAUCAUCACCACCACCACCAUCAUCAUCAUCAUCAUCACAAGUCAAACAGCAACGUAGAUUCUCCAAAUCGCAACAGCUUAAACAACCUUUCAAAACAUUCUGUGUUACUAAGUCAGCUAAAUAGCACUAAACGUCCUAGUUCUUCAACCCUUGAAAUAACUGGAUUGAAGCACCACCACAACUCCAGCAGUGAAAGUAGUAGUUUGAGCAACAUGUCCUCCACGAACAGUAGUUCGGGUGGUAAAUCAGCCACCAAACUAGCCGUAGAUCACCAAGCAACGCUUGACAAAGGAUUAAAAAUGAAGAUCAAACGUACUAAACCAGGCACGAAAACUUCGGAAGCAAAGCAUGAAAUCGUGAAAGCUGAACAAAACGGUACCAGUUCACUAUCGUCGUCUGCGGAUGAGAAUAACGGUAAUAGCAACAGUAGUUCCAACUCAAGUAACAAGAAACAUUCGUCACAGUCACAAUCACAAGCACAACAAGUGGCUAGUCCUACAGUGCAGCAGCAGCAGCAGCAACAACAACAACAGCAAGGGACAAAACGGGGAAGUAGUGGUCACCGUCGAGAUAAGACGAAAGAAAAGACUCCACAUCACAAUCAACGGGACAAAAAUGAGCACAAUAGUAAUAGCAGCAAUAGCAAUAACUCAUCGUCAGCCACUGACCGAGGUUGCAGCUGUACGCACGAAAUGCAAGUAAACGGAAUUCAACAACCGUGUUCCAGUGUAUCUUGCAUACGGAGUAGAACCUCAGAUCAACAAAUUAAUUCGCUAUCGCAGCGGCUAUCAAAUCAAAAUAAUUCGAGUACAACCUCUGCAAAUAGUUUAUUCUCUUCGAAUUCAAAUACGGGUUCUUCGUUAAGUAGUAGUAGUAAUACUCCAAACGCUCCUGGCCCACCGUCCUCAAAGGACAUUAGUAAGAGUAAACCUGUAGUACCAAUCAUAAUCCAUUCAUCAUCACAGAUCUCUUCCGCGGCGGCCGCAAACAACUCACAGUUGUCGAACCUUCAACACUCUACCUCAUCUAGUGGUAGCAGUAGUGCUGGCAGUGGUAGCAGCAGCAGCAGCACCGGCACCAACAGCUCCGGUUCUAGCAGCAGUAGCACGAGCUCAACGAACAAUGUACUAAAGUCGCAGCUUCAAUCAACGACACCCCCAUCCAGUUUAUUGAGUGCUCUAGCUUCGGGGUCGUCUUCAGCAGCUGGAUCGUCAUCCGCUAGUAAUGUGUCUGUUGCGUCCAGCAGUAGUUCGCACCUAUCAAGCUGUGAGGCGGGACCGUCGUUACAGAAAGAUGAUAAAAAUAGCACUAGUCCACCACCGGCCAAACGCCAUAAAUCUGAUCCAAAAGAUAUGGUGGAUGUGUGUGUUGGGACAUCGGUUGGCACUAUCACCGAGCCUGACUGCUUAGGGCCUUGUGAACCCGGUACGUCUGUGACGUUGGAGGGUAUUGUUUGGCAUGAAACCGAGGGAGGAGUUUUAGUUGUUAAUGUUACAUGGCGAGGUAAAACCUACGUCGGUACUCUAAUAGACUGUACAAAACAUGACUGGGCACCACCACGAUUUUGUGAUUCACCAACUGAAGAGUUGGAUUCGCGAACACCAAAGGGCCGAGCUAAACGCAAUCGCGGAUCAGCUCUUUUUCCUAUGAACGAUCUGAGCAAUUUCACCGAAACCCGAAGUUCUAUGCAUAGCAAGUUACGGAAUGGUGGAACGAAAGGUCGUGGUGGUCGCACUACAACGACGGCUGAAUCGAGCUCGUCGAAAACAACAACCACCUCAACAACCACUACGGCAAGUUCAUCGAGUGGGACAAACACAAGUGUUAGUUCAAAUACUCCUUCUACGUCUCCGGUCGCGUUUUUGCCGCCCCGACCCGAGAAGCGCAAGUCAAAAGAUGAGUCUCCCUCGCCGGUAAAUGGUGGCACUAGCGGAAGUACGAGUAGCAGUACGAGCGGCAGUGUGAUAAAUACUAGUAGUGUAAAUAAUGCUAAUGCUAGUGGCAUUGUCAAUAAUGGCACCCCAAGUACGCAGAGUGUGGUCAACCCUAUGACAGGACUGAAUGUGCAAAUUUCUACAAAGAAAUGUAAAAGCUCUGCUUCGCCAUGCGCGAUAUCUCCAGUGUUAUUGGAAUGUCCUGAACAGGACUGCAGCAAAAAGUAUAAACAUGCUAAUGGUCUACGGUACCAUCAAAGUCAUGCUCAUGGUAGUGUUUCCUCGAUGGAUGAAGAUUCUUCCCAACCGCCAGAAUCACCACAACGGAUAGCACCGCCAACGACACCGUCUCCCCUGCCCAUAGUUCAGUCCACCAAUCUUCCAACGGUACCAGCUACAAGUGCUAAUGCAUCAGCUACCAACAGUCCUUCGCCUGCAGGAACCAAUCAAACUGGUAAUACGCCUCAGGUGGCCGUUUCUAUAGCAGUGACGUUGAAUACUAGUCAAAACCCAGCCGCAACUACAACAACCUCUAGCAGUAGCCCAAUAGUAUCGACAAAUUGUACUCCUUCUCCGAAUUUGUUAAUGACGGUAAAUGUGUCGACUGUGACGACACCCAUCGCUUCGUCACAUUCGCUACUUACUUCCACAGCGUCUCAAGCUUUGUCGGUUUCAUCCUCCGGCAGCUCACAGUCAACUGUCACAACGCCUGCCUCUGCAGGAGGUAGUAUUACAACUGGAGUUGCAGGCCAACCCCAGCCACACGUUGUUCCGGUAGGCAACUCAACUCUUUUGAGCUCCGCUUUGAGUGGAAAUCCGAGUGGAUCGGUUCCUCCGACAUCGUUAUCGUCACAGUUGCAACCUUGUCAAGUUCAGAUUCCGCCUUCAGCUCAGCAGCAAUCAUCAAACUUACCACAGACAAACAACAAUCCCGUUAUUAAUCCAGGCCGAAGCGAUCCCAGUGCGAAGAGUAAGCCCGGUGUUUUGCGAUUUGGGCCGCUUCCUGGAGAAGUUGACCAUAAUGCGCGGCUCACACCAAUUGCCCAAGGUGCUUCCAAUUUACCGAUCAAUCCAGGUUCCUCGAUGCCAUCCAGUUCGCAACCUGGCACACCGGUAAGGCCCACAACUGCAGCCAUCUCUGGUGGACCGCUUACUAUGCAACCAACAACCCCAGGUGUUUCCGAAGGAUUAAGCAUGAAACCCCAAAAUUGUUCCAAGCAAAAGAAAAAUCGGAAAUCCCCGGGACCUUCGGAGUUUGAUGUCGCAGCAGCAAAUCGAGCGGAGGACGUUCAAAGUCCGGCUUACAGUGAUAUAAGUGAUGAUUCAGCACCGGUAGUGGAUGCUAGUGACUUAGACAAAUCUAAGGGACCUCCUCUACCUGAUGCACCGAAAAAACUAAAUGAGGGUGUUCCAGGUCAACUUGGUCCACUGUCCGGUUACGGUCCACUGUACCCUUAUUAUCCUGCUAUGGCUCAUCAAUCUCCUUAUUAUUCUUCGGAGCACCCAGGGAAACCACCAGGUUUGGGUCAUUCACCAUUAGGUCCAAACACUGCAGUAGACUACAAAAGUAAAGAACCGCCGCUUGAUCUUAUGAAUAAACCAAAUCCACAUCAGCAACAACAACAACAACCACUUCCGCCACAACCGGGGCAACCUCCGCAUCAGCAACAACUUCCACCUGGAGACACCGGACCUCAGCAAAACAAAGACUGUCCAAGUGGACCGCCGCCACAUGCUGGAACCGGAAAGUUGAUGCAACAUUUUUAUCCGUAUGGAUACAUGCCAACGGGAUAUAAUUAUAACAUGGAUCCAAACUAUGGGCCAGUCUCGAUGAUGUCUGAAGAAAGUAAAUUGUCUCAGCAACAAGGGCCGAAUCAAGGACAAAUUAAGGAAGAGCGGAUUAAAGAAAGUUCAAGUCCCAACGAGUACGCCAAAAUGGGUCCGCAGAUGAUGCCCACAAAGUUGAUUAAAUCGGAGCCAAUCGCUGUGAAGGAUAUCAAGACUGAAAGUGGACAUCCGAUGCACCCGAAGGACCAACCUCCACUUGGACAACAACAGGGACAGCCGCCGAUCAGUGCUUACGGUGGGAUGUUCCAACGACAUGGGCUCAAUGUUGGGCCACCAUCGCAACCACCACCACCGCAGCAUAUGAAUCGAGAGGAAGACUUGAGGAGGUUGUUCAAUUAUUCUGACCAAAGGAGAUCCAGUACUUCCAGUAAUUCGUCAGUAUCAAACUUGAACGCAAAAGACGAACCACCUUCACCAGCCCAGCCACCUCCAACAGGACAUCCUAGUCAAGGACACGGUCCACCGUUAGCACAAUCAGCGGCAAACGUCCCCCAGUCUGCACCACAAUCGAAAGGUUCUAAAUCGCAACCAUCAUCUCAGCCAGCGCUGAAGCAGCAAAAGGAUAUUAAAUUGGAAGAUAAGGAGAUGCUGAAAGUUAAACAAGAGGGCCAAAAACCAACUAUGGAAACGCAAGGGCCUCCACCGCCUCCAACCUCUCAGUACUACCCGCAUUCACUGUACAUGAGUACCAGUCCAUUCGGAUUCGAUCCGAACCAUCAAAUGUACAGGAAUAUGUUGGUACCAGCGGCGUCCUACAGUGCACCUCCAUAUCACAUACAAAUACCACGGUACACAACGCCUGAGGACUUGUCACGAAAUCCUAGUACAAAAGCUCUAGACUUACUACAGCAUCAUGCCAGUCAAUACUAUAACUCGCAUAAAAUUCACGAGCUUAGAGAGGGCGCUCUAAAAAGUCCUACCAGCAACGUUAAAGUAAGCGUAUCUAGUCCCAAUCUUUCUCAGCAAUCCAGUCAGAAUCCUAACAUGUGCAUUCCUCCAUCAAAUAGUAGCAUCAGUAGCUUACAGCAGCAGCAACAACAAGCACCGCCAUCUUCACAUCCACAACAGCCACAGCAACCAGGAGCAUCUCUACAGCCCUCACAAGCCGGAGGUCCCAAUGCUGGUAGUGGGCCUGGUGGAAGUGCAGGUCCCGGAGGAUCUGAAAUGCAGAAGGAUCCUGGCGGUCCAAACGUGUUGGGUCCAGGGUCAGCUGUUGUAGGAGGUGGUCCGCCGCCUCAACCGGGGCAGCCACCAAGUCGGAGUCCCCCGCCGCAACGGCACGUGCACACACACCAUCACACGCACGUUGGCCUCGGCUACCCUAUGUUCCAGAGCCCAUACGGAGUGCUAAGCCAACAAGCAGCAGCAGCAGCUGUCACUGUGAUAAGUCCAUUCCAGACUGGACCGCCAACCAAGUAGAAGCCGCGCGUGCCGGCGAAAGUGAUUAUGCAACCACAACAUUGUGUGGCCAACAGGUCUGAUCAGGAGGUGUCACCGAACACAAGAUGAGGACAAGAGACACAACAAUAGAAAUGAAUGACGGAGUCCGCCAUUGGGCCGAAGAAGCAGUAAACAUGAAACAGUAGAAGCGAAAGUGUGAUAGUGAUACUUUAUUUCAUCGAUCAAUCCAUAACGUAUUGACGGAGGUAGCCAGCUUCUCUAAAAUGGCGAGUAAAUACGGACUAGACCUUCUGAGAAUCAAAUAGAAAUGAGUAAAAUAAGUUUUUUACUUGUGUACUAAGGAUGAGGUUUUAACAGCAGAAUGAAAGUGUAUUGUAAAGGACUUAAUAUUAAAAAUGUAGCUUUAGUACUGUAAGGUUAGGCAUAGCGUUAGUUUAGAUGAAAAGUAUCUAUUUUUGUACAAAACUAAAAAAAUAAGCAAAAAAUACAAUACAAUUUUACUGGUAGCGCAACGUCGUAUUGGUGAAUAACCAUUUAAGGUAAUUUUGAUUAAUAGUCGUUAGUUGGUAGUAUGUAUGCUGAAGAUGUAGAACAGAGAAUGGACUGUUUCGUAAGCUUGGAAACGCGUUCAUGUCAGUGUGAAAACAAUCGACAACAGCAAAAUCAUUUCAUCAACUAUUGAUAGACUAUCAGAAGUAUGCAAAAACUGUAUCAUGCUGUCUCAUCCAUUAGAAAAUAGCCCAAAUGGUUUCGAACUGUUUCAUAAAAUGGUGGUAAUUUUUCUUCCAUAGCGAACAAAUGAGAAUAUAACAUACGACUGUGGGUCAUUUUGCCUAAAGUCGUUUGGCCGAAAACCGUUUGUCGUAAGCCAGUUUGGCCUAGUUGUAACUUGGUAUAUUUUUAACAAUUUCAAAUAAAAAGAGGUUCAGCCAAACAGCAAUCAACCAAUAUUAUCUUCUUCUUCUUCAAUGGCUCUACAUUCCAACUAUUAGCAUUUUCUCAGUUAUUAAUUGAAAGCUUUUCUAUGUCCGCCAUUGCAUGAGUAUGUAUUUUGUGUGGCAAGUACAAUGGAUACACUAUGCCCAGGAUGUCGAGAAUGUUUCCAACCCGAAAACAUCCUAGACCGGACCGAGAAUCGAACUCGCUAUCUCCGGAUUAGCAAUCCUACGACUUUGCUGGCGAGGCUACUGGAGACCUUCCAAUAUUAUACUAAUUGGUAUUUUAUUAUAUACUAUUGGUUCUUUAGUUUUUGUUCGUAUAGAUUCUGAAACGAAACAUAAUGUUCCUACUCUUUUUUCUAUUCGCAUUCAACCUUUUUUUUUUACUUUAAUUAAAAUAUAUGGGUUUUCCUUAACAGUGCGGUAAGACGCGCGGCUACAAAGCAAGACCAUGCUGAGGGUGGCUGGGUUCGAUUCCCGGUGCCGGUCUAGGCAAUUUUUGGAUUGGAAAUUGUCUCGACUUCCCUGGGCAUAGAAGUAUCAUCGUGUUAGCCUCAUGAUGAAGAUGGUAACAUGGCUUAGAAACCUCGCAAUUAAUAACUGUGGAAGUGCUUAAUGAACACUAAGCUGCAAGGCGGCUCUGCCCCAGUGUGGGGAUGUAAUGCCAAUAAAAAGAAGAAGAAGAAGAAGAAGAAGGGUUUUCAUUGAGAGCAUUACUUCAACAAUAGAAGGCUUUAACAACCAAAUUAGGUAUAUAUUUAUCCGUAUUCUUGUUUACGGAUGAUUGAUUUCUUCAUUUAUUUCCCUAUUUGAUUUUGCUUGCGUAAACGAGUAUGCGCAACAAAUUGUUUUCCAAAGAGCAUUCGAACGUAAACAAAAAUAUUGGCGCAUAGACUUAGCAUUUCUUGGCUAGACCCAUGAUUCUGGGAGAGAAACAGUGAUACAAUAGACACGAAUCGGUUUUUAAACUAAUAAUUUUGUGAAUUGUAUACUGCCGUUCUACGCAUAAUUUUCCCAUGUACAUGAGAAAUCCCAGCAAACAUGGGACAAAUAUACGUAUGACGGUAGUAUAGUUUUUAAUCAACUUUGAGCCAUACAUGAUAUAGUUUCUGCACAUUUCGAAUUGCUUAUUUUGUCCAAAAGCGUUUUCAAAUGUGAGAACCUAAUCAAAUAUGUCCUUCAUUUAGAAGGAUACAAUGUAUAAAAAGCAAAAACAUAUAUGUAAAUAAAACAAAACUUUGACAAACUAUUAAUUUAGUCUACUCCUUCUUGAAUGUUUCAGUUUCCAUCGCUCUAUUUUGCUACAUAAGUCUUAUCAAAUUCUAUUUCUUUUUUUUACUGUUUAUCAUUUCCGGAAUCUCGGAUUAAAAUUUAAUUUAUGUUUUACCAAGGCAAAUCGCCCGGAAGAUGCGGUAAGUUUACGGCCAUUAGGUUUUCACGGAUUACAAGAACUAGGAAACAUUCAAAAAGUUCACAUGACUGAUAUUUACUUACGAUAGUAGGUGCAUUGCUCUAAGCAAAAACUUUCUAAUCAAAUGGUGACGAUCUUUCACGGAGCACAAGAACAAACAUGAUUGAAGUACGAACUAUUUUGAAACCAUACAUAUGUUGCUGUAAAUAUAAAUACCAAGAACCAGUUUGUGGUUCGCGCUAAUUGCAAAGGAAUAUGUUAUCCCAACCACGGAUGAAUUUCUUAAAUUGCGACGCGAAGGAAGAGUGAUUCAAUGUAUAUAUUUUCUCAACUAUGAAUGUCGUCAUGUUUUAGCAAAAAUCGUGGAGGAACUAUUCUUAGCAACAAGAGAGAUAAUCUUCGCACGUUAUUGGCAGUUUAUCGUGGCAAUGCCAAAUUAUUUACGAAAUGCGUGAUGAUUACGACUUAUCGGAAAACUAAUUAACACAACACAAGGAGAGAAAUGCAGAAUAAUAAAUAAAAACGAAUUACAAACAAAGCUUUAGAUGUGGAACUAAACUAAUAGCAGUAAUUAUCGGAAAAUCAAAGAUUGAGGAACGGAAAAUGAGAGCAAUCUUAAGAAACUCUUCCUAACAAACAAUGAUGAUGGUGGCAAUCUAUGCGCUGCCGAUAUCAACUAAUUAGGAGCAGGGCUGCAGCGUUUUCUGUAAAAAAAAGAAACAUUUCUUAAGGCUGGUACACGUCAAAAAAGUUUUUCGACAGUAAAGUAAAAAGCAGAGAUUAACUACCGUAAAUUCAUGUAUAAAAAUAAAAUAAAAUCUAUAACUACAUUUAAUGCUAUUAUUAUAUAUAGAAAUACAUUCCUUGUAUUAAAGCAUAAAAAUUGGUGAAAAAAUAUAAAAUAAACAAUUCUAAAAAUUA